AUGAAAGUGUAUUUUCCUCUUCAUUGCCUGAAAGCAAAAAGUGGCUUCAUCUUUGGUUGGAAGAAUGAACAAACAAGUACCUUUGUCGCUGCAUCGGUCAUCCAUCCACGCGAAAUCUAUGACAGUUUUUGCGAACGAGUUUUUGACGAAUGUGCUUUGUACCUUGUUGGAGUUUGGCUAAAUGAAAACGAUGAGAAAUCUGUCGGUCAAGUGUUUGCUGUGUUAAAAACCUUAUCCAGAUCGUUAACUGACGGACUAUUCAUUCUACGUUUGAUAAGGUUCACCGACACUUUUCAUUUGUGCCAUGUCGGAAACUCGUUGAUAACGAAUGGAUCUGUGGUAAUUUUUUACAAACAACCUACUGGAAAUGCGUUUUUUACCACCUCACCAGCAGUUCCAGAUGGCAUUAAAUUCUGGAGGAAAUCAGAAGCGUUGCUGAAGCAAACAUGCCCCACAGAAUUAUCCAACGUCAUUGAACUUCUGAAUAACUCCCACAAAGCAGAAGAGAGUAUUUAUAGAUUGUUUGAAACACAAACAGAAACUCUUAGAAAACCAAUUCGCGAGAUUUGGAGGCUUUUGUCCAACUUUGGCAUGAAAGUUGUUAUUUUGUUUUAUGCCUUGUUUCAUCAAAGGCAGCAGGAAGAACACCUAGUUGUAAUUGAGACAAUCAAAUUCUUUUCAGGAUUAUCUGCUGUGUUUUUGCAAUUGUUUACACGUGUUAGGCAAAUGAGAGCUCUGGUGCUGUGUUUUAGCAAUUCUACAGCUCUAAAGGACAAACUAGAUUAUACUGGCCACUCAACAGAGUCAAGAAAUUCACCUAUGAAGACUGGUGCAAGGAUAAAGAGCAAUGUUUUUCCUGUGGUGUGGUUUGGCAGUUUUCUUAGUGCAGUUGCAAUUGAUGUUGUGUUGGGACUUUUCAUUGUGUUAUGGCUCUUUUCAAAUGGUUACAACACAUGCGCUACUGACUUAAUGAUGGAAAAGACUGAUGCUGUUGUUCAGUGGAUUACCUCUUUACUGGAGUGGUUACAAGGAGCCCCAGCUGGGCUCAAAAUAAACCAAAAGCUAGCAGAAUAUUUGAGCAUUUUCUUUCUUUAUCACCUGUUUCUUUGGCAAAUUUACCUUAGCUAUAUUGAACCGUAUCUUCAGAUUAUCAUCAGUUUUAUCAUCAUGUCAGGUUGUUUUGGAGCAACAUUCUUGUUGUCUUUGGCAUCAGAUGUUAUGUCUUUGAUAACACUCCAUAUUUACUGCUUUUAUGUGUAUGCUGCAAUGCUGUAUAACUUCCAGCUACAGAAGUUGUUGCUGUUGGCUAAACUAUUUACAGGUUAGAGAUGGUUUGUUUAACCUAUUAAAUAUAUACUGACUCUCCCAGAUUAUGAGAUACAAAAGGAUUCUUGAGCUCCCAGAUUAAAGAUCUUUUGUACUAAAGUAGAUAUGGAUACAUUUCUUUUCUGUGGAAGAAAGGAAAUUAAUUUCAUUUGUUGUCAGAAUUUUUUGACAGGGAUGAGGGGGGAGCUGGUUAUCUAAUCAAGUUGAUUUUAUCCUCUGUGUUGGCUUAUACCAAUAGAAUUGAGGAGAAAAAAGCUAAAUUUAACAAGUUUGAAAAUAUUUUAAGCAAGGAAAAAUUUGAACCACAACUUAACUGUUGUAGCUAGAAAUGAAAGUUAGAUUCAAAUGGUUUUAUUUGUUUUCUCCUUUGCUCUAAGCACAUUUUGAUCUUUCUGGGGAAAUACAAAUCAAAUAAGUUUGAAAUUAUUUAAACCUGAAAUUAUUUAAGCAACAGCAUAGAGAUAUGAAUUAUCUCAAUUCUUCCCUGGACAGCUUACAGGACCUGAGUGUGCUGAUCAAAGCCUCAAAGAGAGUUUAUAGAAAACUAUUCGAGAAUGAAGAUGUCAAGUCCUAUAUUGAAAUUUACUUUUAAGUUGUGACAAACUGAAAGCAUGCUUUUCUUUCACUUGUUCAUCAGGUAGAAAAUGGAAUGUUGAAAAGAAUCAAGAGGACAUUGUUCCAUACAGGGUGGACAGACUGUUUUUAGGAACCCUGUGCUUCACCAUCCUCCUCUUCUUGUUGCCGACAACUGCCAUGUACUACGUUGUGUUUACCGCCCUGCGACUGAUUGUCCUGUUUGUGAAGGGUGCUGUCAAUAGAAUCAUCGGUAUGAUGAAUAAUCUACCAGUGUUUCCACUGAUCACUGCUUUCUUCAGACCAGAUCUGAUACCAGGUAAAUAUUGAAAUUAGUACUUCCAUAAUGCAGAUGGUGUUUGAUCAGUGUAUCUGACAAUGAAAUCCAAACUAUCUUGGGAUGACAUCCUUUCAUGUAGAAUUUCCCUAAGUUUUCUAACCCAAGGGGCAAAAUGUUCCACAUCUGUUCUAAUGUCAACUAAUAUAACAUUGUAAUUUUUAUUGAUUUUCUUUAGGAGGCAUCAAGUUUGAAUAUGUUAACUCAUUGGCUCCUUCAGAAGCAGAACGCAACACACUGCAGGAUUUUCCUCUGGACAUAACAGCUCCUUCACCAACUGUUCUACUAAUUCUUCACAAUCAACCACUUCCCAUCACAGAACUGUUUACUCAGCAGUUGCUUGAAAAGUUCCCAGAUCAAGAUGAAUACAAACAGGAUUGGCUGUUGUUAAUCAAGAAUUUGGCCAAAGGAGAACUGAUUUAUCCAUGGGUGAAAUCAAGGACUUUCGAGAAAGAGGCAGUUCAUUAAUUGAAAGCAAAAGGGUUAUGUUGAUGGUCUACCUCUGAACUGUCAGGGCAUAGCAGAGACACCUGUACACCUUAUGUAGAAACCAUCUCUUUGUUCUGACUAAGAUGUUACUUCAAUCAGAAUUAUCUAACAGUGUUUGAUUACUGACUUAGGAUGGCUAUUGACAAUUUGCCUUCUUAUCCCAAGCAUGACCGAUUCAAAUUAUUAAAUUACUGCAUUGCCAAGCAGUCUCAGUCUUGUUGAUGAAAAUAUAGAAGUAAAAUAAGCAGAAGAAUAUAGUUUGAUUAAAAGCCAAAUUCUCGGAACCCAAACUCUAACAGAUGUAUUGUUGACCAUAAGGAGAAUCUUUAUUUAAAUCUUUGGAGGAUAAGGAACAGGAAAUUCAGCAUGUUGUUUGGGAUUUGAUUGAGAUGUGGCUUGACCAGAGUUUUUUGCUCAAUGGCCAAGUGAGCAAAAAAAUAGCUGCUAUAUUAGGACAAGGAAAUCUUCUUGCACUGGAUGACUCAGGGUGAAUUUGAUUUAAUCCCCAUUGUAACCUCAGGC